UUAGCUUGUGUUGUGCAAUUGUUGCUAAGAAACAUUUGUAAGUUCAAAGAAAAGGGAAUUUCAAACAGCCUCCCAAAUGUUCGCAGCUUCAAUAAAGUAGAUACUCAAAUGAAAUGCUGAAGCUAAUCAUCUCUGUUUGGAAAAAAUAAUGGAUUCUUUAUUUUAAAAAAUGACAUGUUAAUCAUAAGAAAACUUUCUAGAAACAAGACUUAACUUGUGCUGAAUUAUCCAAAAUUAUUCUUAGUGAAUGAAAUUAAGUUCCAGAAGAGCCUGGAAGCUGCAAGGAAUUCCAACUAAAUAUUAAUUUCUACAAAAUUAAUUAGCAUGAAUAAUAAACCAUAUAAAACGACAAAAGCCACAAAGGCCAGUGCUGAAAAACAAGCUAUGGAUUGUGGAACUGCAAAAAAACAGGAACAUCUUGAAAACAGGUUAACUAUUCACGAUUUUAUGAAAAUGCAGCAACUUUUUCAGUCCUCAGAAUCCAGUGGAAACAGGGGUCUGAUGACUCGAGAAUCAUUUGUCAAUACAAUGUCUGCAAUGAUUAAGCAAGGCACUAAGGAGGAAUAUGGUGAGCUUUUUGAUAAGAUCGAUUUGAUCCGGGAUGGCCUUAUUGAUUGGGAUAAAUUGACUUCCUUUGUCCUUCUUGAGCUAUAUGAAAGAGAUGAACGAACCAAGAUGUCAGUCAUUCCCCAAUGGAAAGAUCUCCGUUUUCUCCCAACGAUACAUAAAGAUGUUAUUCAGAAUGUGAUAUGCUUUAAACACCCCAGCAAAUACUUGACUGUGAGCAGAAAUGGAUUGCUUGGCGUCUGGGGAGAAAGCUUAAAGUUACAAAAGAUGGUGCAAAUCACUACGGAAGCUGUGAAACCCAAAGACCUCUGGGUGACUUCUCUGGUUGCAUUACCAAAUGUUAACAAGGUAGCUGUUGCAUUUACAAACAAAGAGAUCCAUUUUGCAGAAUUAAAUUUCAAAAAAGGGUUCUCGUGUCAAUACAGGCUUCAAGGCUUUGAGGGAACAGUGACAUGCAUGCACUACUGGUAUAACCCUCAUGAUGGAAAUGAAGCUAUUCUGAGCCUGGGAGAUGUCUGUGGACAGGUCCAAGCAAUUGUCUUCAAUGCAGCCCUAAUUUCAUUGUUUGAACGGCCUCCCAGUUCUUUUGAAGAUGAAAAUGUGACAGUGACAAUUAAUUGGCAGGAGUUGGUUUCUGGAUAUCACAAAUGCUGCCACACCUUAAGACACAAAAUCCAUAAUAAAGAAUGGAUUAAGCAAGUUUUGUACAGCUCAUCUUUAGAUGCAUUCUUGUCUGUUACCACCAGUAGCACAAAGACAUUGGCGCUAGCCUGGAGGGAAAAAUUAAGUCCUUGCCUAACAAUGACAGCUUUCCAUAUUGACCAAGGAGUCAAUGCCUUUGAUUUUCAUUCCAGACUUAACUUAAUUGCAACUGCAGGAAUUAAUUGCUCCGUCUGCCUUUGGAAUCCUUAUGUCACAUCAAAACCUGCUGGAAUCCUGACAGGUCAUUCAGACAGCGUAAUAGCUGUCCAGUUCAUUACUGAGCGCAAACUGCUCUUCAGCUUUGCCAAGGAUAAGAUAUUAAGGCUUUGGGACAUUCAGCAUCAACUUUGCAUGCAAAGGAUUGCCGGAUCCUUCCCUAAAAGUGUGGACUUUCAUUCCUCCCUUUAUUUUCAUGAAUCACAAGGUCUCCUAUUCAUCUCAAUGAACAACCAACUGAUGGUCCUGGAAAUGGAACACGAAUUAGGAAAAAGGAGAGUGGCAAGUCACAAGAAAGCUGUGACUUGCCUCCUGUAUAAUUCAGUGCUCCAACAGGUAAUCAGCUCAGAUACUGGAUCUACAGUUAUCUUCUGGUUGAUUGAUACUGGGCAGAAAAUCAAAGAGUUUACUGGUUGUCAUGGCAAUGCAGAGAUCAGCACUAUGGCUCUUGACGGGACUGAGACCCGGCUCUUCACUGGGGGCACAGAUGGAACCGUCAAGGUCUGGGAUUUCAAUGGAUAUUGCCACCAUAAGCUCAAUGCUGGAAGGGAUCAAACAGUUGAAAUUUCUCAGAUUUUGGUGCUAAGCUGGACUAUCUUGGUCCUAGGAUGGGACAGGGUGAUCACGGUUUUUCGCCUAAAUAAUUUGACUCAGUAUCUUGUUCAGCCUUCAGAAUGGAAAGGAGGAGCUCAGCAUAAGGACGACAUUUUAUGUGCAGCAUUUUUACCUCCACAGACUCUUGUCACAGGCAGUUCUGAUGGUGAGAUUGUUCUAUGGAAUAAUAGUACUGAAAAUGCCAUCAUGAAGCUUUCCUACAAUCCUGGAAGAUCAUUGAGGUCCAACUCAGGUUCUCCAAUGCUACAGAACAAAACAUCUGACAAACAUAUGAGGUCUGCAGCUAAUUCUGAAGCUGAAAACUGCAAUGCUAUAACUAGACUUGUCUUCUUGGAGAGUAGAAAUAUCUCAGCCACAGGUGGAGCCAACCUUAUCUCUUGUGGAGGUGCUGGUUGGGUCCGGUUUUGGAAUACACAAAGAAGCAAGCUACUGGCAGAAUUUGAAGCUCACAGUGGAGUAGGAUCUAUUAUUAUGACAACUGAAAAACAAAACCAAUACCUCAUCACAGCCGAUCUGGUUGGAUGGCUAAAAAUAUGGGACAUAGAGGAUUACUGCCUUGCUCCAGGAGAAAACAUCAUAACACAACCACCUGCUCUACUAAGAUCAUUUCAGGCACAUGAAGAUUGCAUCACUAGCCUGGAGUCUUGUUGGCAAAACAACUGUCUUUUUAUUGUGACUUCUUCAACAGACCAUAGCAUUGUUCUCAUGGACAUUUCUGGCACUCCAUUUGGGAUAUUUGGACAGGAGGAGCACUGGAGAAUUGGAAAUCAUGUGCCAUCCUCGUCCAAAGGAGAAAAUGAUACCCAGAGAGAAACAGAGAAAAAUGUAAUAAAGAACAACCCUGUACAAUUGGUUGAAGACAAUGCUCCCCCUUCUAUCGUGGAACAAAUUCAAUCUGUUGCAGGGGAUAAAGACAACUGUACAUUCAUGGGAAAUAAUAUAUGGGAGAACACAAUCCUGGGGAAAAAAUUCCAAGAGAGACCAAAUGAGAAAGGAAAGAAAUACAGUCUCAGUACUAGAAUGACUGGGAUAAAACCAUCAGUUGUAUUUAGGUCACUGAAGAUUGAAGCCCUGAAGGAGAUAACAGAAACGAAUGAGCUCGAAUUAUUUUUGCACCCUGACAAAUACUCUGGGGAGAAGUUAGCAGAGAAGUCUUCUAAAGAUUUAAAACUACCUACUUUUUCAGCAACUCUGAAAGCUGCCUUUGAUGAAAAGAACUUAUUCCCCAAAGAAAUUCUGGACCGUGAAAAACGGUCAAGACAGUUGCAGGAAGAAAUGUGUCCCAAAGAUAGGAUAACAAGUGAGAGAAAGCAAGGGAAGGUGAAACGAAAAUGAAUCAUUCCUGAUUUCAAAAGGAAGAUGCCGUUGGAUAGACGAUGAUGCCUUCUUCAACAAAAAAGGAUAUGCUCCACCAAGAAAUGUUAAAGAAUGGGAUUGAAGAUGCUUAAAUUAGAAUGAUCAGAGAAUAAUUCUUCUUUGAAUGCAUUUAACUUUCCAAGAUCAGAUGAACUGCACUGCUGAACUUAUAUCCAACAGAACUCCUGACAAACUGGAUGACCGAAUAACUAAAAGAAAACAAAUGUCUUGUCAUCAUAAAGAUGAUCCAUGGAACUGUAGACCCGUAAGGAACAGAAUAACAAGAGUUUGAAGAGACCUGGAGGUCUAGUCCAACCCCCUGCUCAAGCAGGAGACCCUAUACCAUUUCAGAUGAAUGGCUGUCCAGUCUCUUUUUAAAAGCAUCCAGUGAUAGAGCACCCACAACUUCUGAAGGCAACCCUUCCACUGGUUGCCUUCUCAUUAUCAAAACAUUUCUCUUUAUUUCUAGGUUGCUUCUCUCCUUGAUUAGUUUUCAUCCAUUGCUUCUUAUCCUGCUUUCUGGUUCCCUCAGGAAGUGAGGGGAGCCGAAUGUCAACUUGCAAAGCUUUCAAGUUGCCAUGAGCAGGAGGGAGGGAGAACUGAAGUGAAUUCCAAACAUUCUUUCUGACCGCAAUCAGAAGGAGGGCGUUAGGGUUCACAGCCAGCCAAAGUCGUUAAUUGGAGAAUGUGAUUUAUGACAUGGCCAGAGAGGAGGGGAGAGACAGGGUCAUAGGAGAACGUAAAUCUACGCAGGGUCAGUCAUAGCUGCAUCCCAGUAUUGCCGGAAUGGUGCUCCUAAUAAAUGACUAUAUUUCCUUUGAAGUUUGGAUCGUGGCUCAUGAAUUAAUUAGGGCAUCUUUCGGAAACUUGACACUGGUGCUUUGAAAAAUAAAUUGACCCCUUCUUUGUGACAACCCCUCAAAUAUUGGAACACUGCUAUCAUGUCACAGCUAGUCCUUCUUUUCACUAGACUAGACCUACCCAAUUCCUGCAACUGUUCUUCAUAUAUUUUAGCCUCCAGUCCCUAAACAUCUUUGUUGCUGUUUUCUGCACUCUUUCCAGAGUCUCAACAUCUUUUUGAUAUUGUGGGGACCAAAACUGGUUCAGGAUUUCAAGUGUGGGCUUACCUAGGCCUUAUAAAGUGGUACUAACACCUUCAAAUCAGUCUGGUUGUGAUUGCAGUACCUGUGAUUACUGUGAUUAUUUGGCAUGACUUCCUAAUGGUUUCAAUAAAUCUCCCUUAUCUG